AUGGAGGAUCCGACCGCUGAUUCUGGCGGCGGCGGCGGGGUUGGUGCAUCAACGCUGGGCCCCGCGGUGCAAGUGUCGGAUAUCUGUUGCACGAUAGGGACACUCCCCUGUCGCUUGUUGGAGUGGAAAGUCAAGCCGGGGUCUCAUGUUAACGUGGACUCGGUGUUAGCGCUCUGCGUCCCCAUACCCGCGGAGAAGGGGGCAGAGACACCCAGGCUGCCCGAGAGGAAGGUGAAGUCGGACCGCGCGGGGGUCGUCAAGGAGCUGUGCUGUCAACUUGGACAGGUUAUACCUCCUGGGGGCGUCAUUGUCAGAAUAGCAGGAUGCAGCCACCCGAUUGUGAUGAAAGGCAUGUGUGCUGAAUGUGGCAAGGACCUGACUCAACUGCAGAGUAUAAAUGGAAACCAGCAAACUCCCAUCUCCACGGCAACCAUCUCCAUGGUGCACAGCGUACCCGAGUUGAUGGUCAGCUCAGAGCAAGCAGAGCAGUUAGGCCGAGAGGAUCAGCAGCGGCUGCACCGCAACAAAAAGCUGGUCCUGAUGGUGGAUCUGGACCAGACGCUCAUUCACACCACCGAUCAACACUGCCAGCAAAUGUCCAACAAGGGUAUUUUUCACUUUCAGCUGGGGCGAGGAGAGCCGAUGCUCCACACGCGACUACGGCCGCAUUGCAAGGAAUUCCUGGAGAAAAUUGCCAAAUUGUAUGAAUUGCACGUCUUCACGUUUGGGAGCCGCCUUUAUGCACACACCAUUGCGGGCUUUCUGGACCCAGAAACGAAGCUGUUCUCCCAUCGCAUCCUUUCCAGAGAUGAAUGCAUCGACCCUUUCUCCAAGACGGGGAAUCUUAGGUAUCUUUUCCCCUGUGGGGACUCGAUGGUGUGCAUCAUCGACGACCGUGAAGACGUGUGGAAGUUCGCGCCCAACCUCAUCACUGUGAAGAAGUACGUCUACUUCGAGGGCAUCGGGGACAUUAGCGCGCCGCCAGGCUCGCAAGAAGCUCUGAUGGCCAAGAAAGGAAACACACCAGGUCGUCCUGCAGAAAACACAGAAGCGGACGAGACUCCCGCGACGGAUGAGCAAAACAACGGCCUCAGGAAAAAGUCGGUAAAAGAGGGGUCGGCGGCACUCUGCUAUUCUCCGAGCGCCCCGACAAUUGAACGGACACAUGCCGCCACGUCUGUGCCAGAUGAGGCAUUGACGGAUAAACGUUUAGAGGCUGAUGAGGUGCCCGCAGCAACAAAAACUCAGGGGGCUGAAAGCCAGGAAAAUAGUAAAGAGGAGCGAAUUAGCAGGACAGGUGAAGCACAGGACGGUGCGAACUCUUUAACGCCAAACGACGAGUCCAAUAAUCUGGAAUUUGACCUUUCCAGUGACAGCGACAAUGAGUCCGUUCGAGAAAAGCCGCCCUCGGCGGACGCUGAUAGCGAGGCAAAGACAUCCCAGCACGAAGCAGCCUCGCAAGAUAAUGGCGAUGAGACAAAAGAUGGGAACAGUAAAGUCCAAAGUUCCGAAUCGACAGAACCUUCGGCUGUUCUCCUCCCCGAGCUGGGGAACGGCUGCUCGGACAGGAGGGAACCCGAAACCGAGUCGCAGAAUAGCGAGCAAUCCGGAGUGACCAUGGGGGAGGACCAGAGCAUGGAGGACGAAGAGGAAGAGGAAGUGGACAACGACCGGGACGAUCAACUCAUUUACCUGGAGGAGGUGCUGGUACGGAUCCACGGCGAGUACUACGCCCGCUACGAGGCUUUCCUGAAGACGGAGGUGCCCGAAACGCCGGACAUUCGCAAGAUCGUACCCGAGCUGAAGAGCAAGACCUUAGACGGCACCACCAUUGUGUUCAGCGGGUUGUACCCGACCAACUACCCAAUUGAGAGGACUCGUGAGUACUACCACGCCAAGGCACUGGGGGCCAAGAUCGGCAAGAACUUGGUUCUCGACUCUCAAGAACCCAAUGGGACCACACACCUCAUUGCGGCAAAAUCUGGCACAGAGAAGGUCCGUCAGGCGCUGGGGUGCAAGCACCUUCAUGUGGUCAACCCCGACUGGCUGUGGUGUUGUCUGGAGCGCUGGGAGAGGGUGGAGGAGCAGCUUUUCCCGCUCAAGGAGGACUACACCAAACAGCCAUGGAGCAACAACCCGACGGCUUUCCUUGAUAAGCAGGCCUCCAGGUUCAAGCCCCUUCUCCCAAACCCGCCCCCGAUCCAGCACACCCCCCAGCCCGCAACCCCCGAGGUUCGAACCUACGACCCCGUCACCGGGAAGCUGAUUCGCAAGACCCCUCAAGCGGCGCCUUACCUGCCGGCGUCUGAUCAACCAGAGCAGUCGUGUCUCAGGGGCGCAUUGAACAGUCAACAAAACAUGGAAGCGGGACCCAGCCAGGAUGACGAAUCGCUAGGGCCGACGCGUCGGGAGCGUCAGCGGAGCAUGUCGGAAACGAUGCCGUUGUACACACUUUGCAAGGAAGAUCUGGAAAGCAUGGAUAAAGAGGUGGAUGACAUCUUGGGCGAGGAGAGCGACAACGAGAGCGAAGGGCGAGGGAAAGAGAAAGCCGCUAAUGAGGAGGCGGAGGACGAGCGGCGGCAACACCGGCAAGAAGCUGGACCGCUGACAGGAGGGGACCUGGGUCCUCAAGCGUUUAGAGUGGAGGACGUGGUCCUGACCACAUGCCCUGAUGCCAGUGUGCUGGCCACCGUGUCCAGGGGCCACAAACGAAAGCACGAUAAUGACAAGGACGACGACGAGUCCUCCAAAGAAUCAAACGAUGACGAAGAAGAGGAGGGAAGUUCUUCGGAGGCGGACGAGAUGGCUGCCGCUUUGGAGGCGGAGCUCAAUGACUUUAUGUGAAGUGGGACACAACACACACACUUGCACACACGCUGUAAUUAAACCAACGAAUGUCCUGUACAGAAAUGACAUGUUGCUGUUGUUUUGUAGCAUUAUUAUUCCUCAGAGCCUUUUUGUGGGCAUCAAACAAUUUGACAUUAUUUUAUUUUCAGCAAAAUAAAAUGUAGGAAACAAAUUUGAUAAUUAUUAGGUUGUUGUUUUUUUUUAUAUAUAUCGAUUUUUAUAUUUCUUAAGGGGGAAAAACAAGUGGCGAUUAACCUUCCAAAUGUCGCGGCCGCUCAUGCCAAAGAAUUCAGAAGGUUUGCCAAGUUGUGCAGCUAAACAUAAUUAUUUUAUUAGUGUCAACACUGAUUCAUCCCUUACAUCACGUUUGUACAUAGAAUGACGAUAUGUGACUUUUGACCUCUUCUAGUGCACUUUGAACCCAACCCCGUUGACGUUAUAUACCGGCCGCUAAAUAUAUUUGUUAAGGCAGCCCGAUUUAAUUUUUUGCAUUUGUCGAACCACCAGUUUGUUGCCUAUGCUGGUUCAUGGCAUGUUCAAAGCCCAAAUUGUAAUUAAUGGCGAUAAUUGAUAGGGUUGCAAAAAAAUAUUCAGUGUAACAAAAAAGUAUUAAAAAAAAACAAUCAUUUAAUUUCCCGCCAUCCCACUUAUCUUUUGUAUUUGUGCUUUAAUCGUCAUUCUAAUUGAUGUUAGAUUUUCCUACUCCGCACUGACAGAGAAAAUACUUUGACUAAAUAAAUAUGUUUGAAAUGAAAA